AUGGAGGCCGUGGGCGAUGCCGACGCGGUCGGCGCCACGGCGCUCGGCAUGAAGAACCUGCAGCGCGUCGUGAAGAUGCUGCCGACCGUCGUGCCCGAGGACGGCAAGGACGACCUGACGCUCGAGACGCUCUACCGCGCGACCUGGGUGCAAUGGGUGCAGGAGCUCAACCAUGUCGUGGCCAUCGUCGGCAGCUACGACGUGCAGAACAAGCACAACGACCAGCCCGGCGCCAUCGCGAUGCCGGUGCCGCGCGAGCGCCAGGCGCGGGCGGUGAAGUUCCUGACCGAACAACUGCUGGCCACGCCGCAGUGGCUGCUCGACCCGGCCAUCACGCAGCGCCUGCGCCCGUCGGAGAUGCAGCUGUGGCCUGGCGUGUACCAGCGGGCGCUGCUGCGCCAGUUGCUCGCGCCGUCGCGCACGCAGCGGCUGGUGGCUCAGGAAGCGCAGCUCGGCCCGCGUGCCUACCGCCUCGACGACUAUCUCGGUGACCUGCGCCGCGGCGUGUUCACCGAGCUCGGCGGUGCGGCACCGAUCACCGCGCAGCGCCGCAACCUGCAGCGCGCCUAUGUCGACACGCUGACCGCGCGGCUCGGGGGCGUCAACCUCUUCGGCAUCGACGAUGGGGAGGCCGUCAUCCGCGCCGAGCUGCGCGACAUGAAGGGCCAGCUCACCACGGCCGCCAGCCUGGGCGACCGCAGCCGCCGCGCCCACCUGCUCGGCCUGGCCGACACCAUCGACAAGGCCCUGGACCCCAAGGUGGCGCCCUCGGCGAAUCCGCUGGCGGCGCUGCUGCGCGCGUUCAGCCUGCAGGCGCUGGAGCCGGACAGCCCGCAGGCGCAGCAGUCCUGCUGGCCCGCUGCUGCGUCAUGGCUUGAGUUGUCCGGCGAGGAGCGCCUGCACUGA